AUGGCGAGGAUAGUCCAAGACGCCUGUGCUGGUGUCGACUUGGCCCCUUCGGAUGAGGCAUUACUAUUCUCUGUGUGUUAUGCCGCCGUGGCUAGCAUGAAAGCGCACACCUGCCCUUCCAUACUUAGCACAGACCACGAUACAGCCAUCCAAGACUUCCAAAAAGCAGUGGGUCUGGGGCUUCGCCGAGCCAAUUUUAUCAGUUCCCAGAGCUUGUCUGCUCUUCAAGCAGCAGUUCUCUUCUUGCUAUGUUAUCGAGUCGGUGGUGAUACACGCCUUGUAUGGGCUGAGUCUGCGGUCGUGAUACGAGUUGCACAAGCACAAGGUGUCCACCGCGAUGGGCAGAAUUUUGCAUUACCACCCUUAGAAACAGAGCUGCGCCGUCGCUUAUGGUGGCAUAUCUGCCUGCUGGACAUGUUGUCUUCGGAAGAUCAAGGGGUCGAUACUCAGAUUAGAUCUGAAAUGUUUGACACGCAAUUCCCGAGCAAUGUCGACGAUGAUGAUAUUGCCUUGUAUAUGAAGGAUCAGCCACUACCGAAGACCGGUUUUACAAGCACCACUAUUUGCAUCAUGAAUUGCCAGGUCAUGACCGAAAUACUCUGGCCGCGUCAUGGUGGAUACUCGGAUAUGUCCACACACGCCCGUGAGAAUCUCAUCACAGCUCUAGGGAAGAGCCUUCAUGAACAGUAUAUCGAUCAUUUCAACCUGGACAUCCCAAUCCAUUGGGUGAUCGCAACUAUCGUGCGACUUCAACUCUCCAAGGCGUGGCUGGCGACUCAUUUCCAAUCCGAAGCAUCUGACGUGCAGACCUUCCGCCACGACGACCGUAUCUUCGAGACCGCCGUCGAGCUUGUGCAGUUCUCCUAUCUCCUGCAAACCAACGAAGGAACGUCGCAGUGGAGCUGGCUAUGUAAAAGCUACAAGGAAUGGCAUGUGGUCGCUUUUCUACUUUCAGAGCUGUGCUUGCAUCCACUCAGUCCCGAGACCGACCAUGCUUGGGAUGUUGUGACCAAAAUGUAUGGGCUGUGGCACCAGGAUAUGGCACAGACCGAUGCGAUGCUUCAGAAGCCCUUGGAUCGGCUCAUGGCACGCACGGCUUCAUCACGAGCUAGUAGACAAGGGCAAACCAGCCAGACACCAUUCAGUGACGAGGCAUUGUCCGAUAUGUCCGAUGUAUCUUUUGGAUUGGGUGGUAACCCCGAUUCCGAUUUACUGUUCUCUGGUCUGGACUGGCUUGUUGGGUCUUUAUUCUAG